GCGUCACUGCUGCGCCGUUACCAUGGAGACUGAAUCAACCUGACGUAAACAAAGGAGCGUGUCCGCCGUUUAAUAGCGUCAGUAAAACAAUAAACCAUUAACUAAGAUCUGAAAUAGUGCUGUAUUGAGUUUUAAAAUGGAUGAGGAUGUGAGACAGGUGGAUGCCGAGUAUUUGAGGAGGAAUUUGGGUCGCUGUCUUGCUGAGGGUUUGACUGAGAUCGUAGAACGGAGACCACUCGACCCCAUUGAGUUUCUGGUGCACUGGAUACACAAAUACAAACUCAACAAUCAACUCAUGCAGGAGAGAUCCGUCUAUCAGAGAGAGUUAGAGGAGCAGCAGCGCCGAGUCAGAGAGGAAUCAAUCCAUCAGAAACUCCUGGAGGAUGAGCAGAAACAGAUCAAUGAUGCACACCAUCAACUCAAGCUUACAGAAGAGUCUGGUCCAGAACCAGCAUGUGAAAGAGACAACAGAGAUCCACCUGAAGCUUAUGAGCAAGACAAUCAGCAGAUCAUUACAGAAAUUGCACCUGAAGAUCUGCAAUCCACAAAUCCCCCAGAAUCAGAUCCAGUAAUGAAGGAAGUCACACAACAAUCAGAUCCAUCUCAGCUGAUUGACAGCACUGCAGAAGAUCAGGAGAUAAAUAAAGAUGAAUCAGAUGAAGAAGCUGAUCAGAGCACAGAUGUGGAUCAAACCCAUGAGAUCCCCAACAACCCACAGGGCCAAAGUGAAGCAGAUUCAGUUUCAUCUGAAGUGAAUCCAGUUCAAGAUGAUGAAGCUCAAGCAGAGAAAACUGAUGAAGCAGAUUCAGAAGAGAGACAGACAGAGAUGCAGAUUGAAUCAGAACAUGAAAAUCAUUCAGAUAGAGUGGAGGAGCACGACGAUGCCGUGAGACCUGAGGAUUCUACUGCAGUCUGAUCGACAGGAGGAAGAGGAGAGAGUCUGAAGAUCACAUCAAACACACACACACACACACACACACACACACACACACACACACACACCUACAUCUCUUGUUUCUGUUGCUUAAUAUUUUCCAGAAACUCAAGUGUUUGUUCAUUUAAAGUAACUUCACCUUCUUAACUUCACUGUAUGUUGUUUAAGAAGAUCAAAUAAAGACAGACGCUCGUAUCUUACUGCUUUAAUAAAGAAAUAAUGUUUCAAGUCAAUGUUUCUGAGUUCAGACUGUUGUGUAACACAAACGCUGGAUUCACAUUAACACUGUGACUGUUAAGCUUCAUAUAAACCUUGUGAGCAGCCACAAACACACAGUACAAACACACAUAGUACACAAACACACACACAAGGUCGUGUAAGACUGAUGUAGUUAAGAUCAGGUGUGUCUAGAGAGUCAGUGAACAGCUCACUGCUUUGUGUUUUGGAGAUGUUUGUAGUGUUGUGUUGUCGGGUAUGGAGUGAGUUAUGGAGCCGUUGACCCGAGCCGUGAGCUCUCUGGGUUUGAUGUUCAUCGAGGCGUUGAGAUCUUUCACUGAGAUGUUUCUUACACAACCUUUAUGUGCAACGCUCUCUCAUCUGAGUGAAACUGACCUCAAAACCCUGGAUGGAGAUGGUUUGGUCAAUGUAUCUUUUCUGAAGGAUGGUGAUUAAAUAAAGGAUUUGUUUGCAUUAUAUGGCCGUGUGUUUAAAGCAAGAGAACUGUGGGAAAGUUCAGGAGCUCUUAUAAUGGCUGUCAGGAGACCUGGAGGCACAUCUUAAACAUUAAAGUUUUCUGCUAUGACAAACAAAAGAGCAUUGUUGUUCCACCACACUACUGGAAUAUGUUUUGUCAAAUGUUUUAUGUUUGUGUGUGCGUUGAUGACAGAUUGACUCUAAACUCAAAUGAAGGACCAGUCUCGAUGUUUUAUACACGCACAUAAACCUCACCAUCACCACAAUACAACACAGACAAUAAAAACACAAAACUUA